AUGAGUAUCGAGGUGCACGUGCGCAUUCGCCCGUCCGUGGCCAACGUUGUAUGGUCCAGUGCCGAAACAGUGCUCUACAGCACAGCCAACCCCAACACCCGCUACGUCUACAACAAGGUGUACCCGAACAACAGCACAAAUGAGUCCAUAUUCCACGGCAUGGAGGCGGUUGUGCACGCAGCGUUUGAUGGCAAGAACGUCACCGUCAUGGCGUAUGGUCAGACUGGCAGCGGCAAGACGCAUAGCAUGGUCGGCGUAGAUCACGAUCCUGGCAUGGUGCCGCGGGCUGCAAAGUUGCUCUUAGAGCUAAAGCGUACCACUCCUGGUGCGAAGAUACAGGCAUUCUACACGGAGAUCUACAACGAGUCCGUCAAGGAUCUUCUAGAGCCUCAGCGAGGCGAGCUUGCGCUGCACGACGCCCCUGACGGAGGCGUCUUCUUCGAAAAGAGGAUGAUCGACGUAGAAACUUUUGAUGACUUUAUCCAGCUUCAGGUGGCAGCGGAGCGGAACCGCAAGUACGGUGUCACCAACCUGAACGAACACAGUAGUCGCUCUCACGUCAUCCUCACCUUUGAAAUACAACGGCACAAUCGCGUUGGCACGAGUGUCCUCAACUUGGUCGAUCUGGCCGGCUCCGAGUCGGCGUCGCGCGCAAACACAGUCGGCGUCUCUCUUCGAGAGGGUGGCCACAUCAACCGCAGCCUUUUAACUCUAGGGAACGUGGUGGACGCCAUCGUUGAGAGACGACCCUACGUGCCCUACAGAGACGCCAAGCUGACGCGCCUCCUUCGCACAUGCCUCGGGGGCUCUGGUAUCACGCUAAUUCUCUGCUGCGUGAAUCCCUCACGCGAGAACUUUGACCAAACCGUCGCGACACUCCGCUUCACGCAGCGUGCAAUGAAGAUCAAGAACGACCCUGUUGUUGUUCUGAACAUGCCACCAUUGUUCACUCACCAGUAUAGUAACGGUGCACGGCAGCUCAUUGAAGGACUGCAGGAGUCGGCGGAGGCGGAGUAUCAACGGGGGCUGCGUGACAGCUUCCUCUACUGCAGCAGCACUGUGGGCUCCGUUGUCAGCAACUACCAGGCGCAAGUGUCCGACUGCCUGCACUCGCUGGCGAACGCGCAGCGCCUGCUUGUGGCGCACGAUCACGCCAUGGCCAUCGACCACAUCGGGCGACUGUAUAAUCAGCAGAAUGACUUGGUACGGCAGCGGAUCAGCAACAAGGAGCUGGCUGAGAACGAACGCAAGCGGCAGCGUAAUGUGGCCUCGGAGAUCGAGUUUCGAAAGGAGAAGAUGACGAAGCUGGAGGAAGAGCUCAGCGCCAAAGUUUCCUUACUCGACACGAGUUUGGCAGGGUGGGAGUAUCAGCUCUACGAGGCGCGGCGGAAACAGCGAAGUGAAAUGGACGUGCUAAUUCAGCUAGAGCUGGCGCGUCGUGCACGACUCCAGUACGAGUGGGUCGUCUGCUUUGAGCGCAUCGCAUCGUGCAGUGUUCCCCUCAUUCAAGCUGGAUUGCUAGCACUGCAGGCAAAACUAGUUGAAAGCAGCGGCGGAGGCGGCAGCGACACGGCAGAGUGCCAGCAGUAUCGUCAUCUCCUCCCUACCAUUCUGUUGUCGCAAGAGUGCGAUACUGGGCACCGCACGCUGCACAUGAAGGAGCUUCGGACGACCCUGAUGAAGGCUCGAGAUGAGUUGGCUGACCUUAAGAUGGCGCACGAAAUGGUGAAAGAUGACAUCGAGGAGGCGAGGAGACAACAACAGCAGCAGCAGCAGCAGCAAGACAGCAAGCACGGCACCGCUUCCGUGUCACCUCAACCGCGGCCAAACUUGUCUGACUUGUCAGAGGAGGAUCUUCUCGAAUACUACCGCGGCGUUGCAGACAGCGAGGUGGAGGAACGGAUUCAUCGCCUGGAGCGUGAGGAAAAGGCGCUGAUGGCGCAAGCGCGGCGCGGCGUUCGCCGAGAAAGUCUGCGCCGUGUUCGCGAGAGCCUUCGCAUAUCGCGUGGAAGCCGUGGAGGCAGUAGCCGCUCUCCGCAGAGUGGCGCCGGCGGCGUCACCAUUACUCGACUGACCGAAACUGCCGGCACAGGACCGGGCUCGAACGCGUCGCAACGUUUUGGAGGCACUGCGGCUAAUGACGAGGGGCGCGCUGGUUUACGGCAGAUGGAGACAAGUGCACAGGUGGAGGCACGUGACAGGCGCAGCUCGGCCAGCUACGCGGACGGUGUGAGGAAUGCGCUUUCCAUCUUGGACAGCCUCAAAGCGCAGCUUCAGCGCAAGGGCGGCAACAACCAUCUCUCUUCCACAGUAGCAUCUACGAGCCGCAGUCAGCAGGCGCAGUCGCAGCGGCGGCAGGAGGUUACCCACGGGCGUAGCAAUCGUAGCGUGAGCAGCAGUAGCGAGCGGCGUCGCCGACAAGGCCGCAAAGGCGCUGACAAGACGGCUGUGUACUGCGACCCCGAAGAGAGCAACGUAGGAGGGCUGCACCAGAGUGUCGCUCCCCGCUCCGCCGCAGCGACUGCUGCGCACCCGUGCCACCAUACCGCUGCGUCCGACAACCCCGCCGACACGGAAAACAUGUCCCUGGCAGAACUGUAUCAGGCAUCUAUGGGGAAGGAGAACUGGAGCCGGACCAAGUUCUCUACCGCUGCUGCCACGUUGUCUCGUGGGGCGCAUAAGUCCACCGUGGUCGCGGAGGACGAUGUGACGUUCGACGUGGAUGAGGAGGCAGAUGGAGAGGAGGACAGGCGGCCAGUGUCGGAUCAGCCGAGCUCGUCCCCACCGGUCGGGAUUGCCGCCCGGCGCAGGAUGAAGCGGCAGAACUCUCGCCCAGUGGUGGAGCGGGCACUUUACGCGUUGCACUCGAACUCUCACUCAAUGUCCCCCCCGUGA